AUGCGCUGGAACCCAUCUGUCUCUGAAGGCUGCGCGGGCAUGCAGGCAGGAAACUCGUACUGCGUUGAGGCCUUUGGGGAGCCCGACCCGGGUGAGAUCACGUCCACCACGACCACUGUCCCCGUCACCACCACGACAACCAAGACAAGUACCUCAACUACGACCACGACCGGCGGUGCCCCCGGCGCCACUCAAUCCGGCCAGAUCACAACAUGCAACCGCUGGGACCUCGUCCAGCCCGGCGAUACCUGCUCCGUCUACCUCGACAAGUACCCCGGCCUUACCCUUGCAAAGCUGGUUGAGUGGAACCCGGCCAUUGGAUCCCAGUGCCAGUCUCUCUGGGUUGAUACCUACCUCUGCACCGGCGUAGAAGGCUACACCGCACCAACGACUACCACCACGGCCGCUCCAACAACCACCGCCCCCAGCAACGGCGUCACCACGCCCUCACCCAUCCAACCGGGCAUGACGACCUCGUGCGCCUCCUUCCACGAAGUCCAAUCCGGCGACACCUGCGCCUCGAUCGCCCAGAGCAACGGGAUCUCCCUCUCGCAGUUCAACGCCUGGAACACCGGCGUCGGCAGCGGCUGCUCGUCCCUCUGGCUGGGAUACUACGUCUGCGUGUCCGAGAUCGGGGCCACGACGACGACCAAGGCACCCAGCACAACAACCAACCCAGGCAACGGCAUCGCAACACCCACCCCCACACUCCCGGGCAUGGUCUCCACCUGCGACGCGUUCUACCUCGUCUCCGAAGGCGACACGUGCGCGGGCAUCACGAAGAAGAAGGGCCUCAGCCUGUCGCAGCUGUACAAAUGGAACACUGCAUUGGAUUCAACCUGCUCGGGGCUGUGGACGGGGUACUAUGUCUGUGUUUCUGUGCAGGGGGUGAACCCGACCACCACGACGAAAGCCACGACAACCACCACAAAGCCAGGGAAUGAGAUUGCGACGCCGACGCCAAUCCAGCCGGGGAUGACGGCCUCGUGCAAGAAGUUCCACAAGGUUGUUUCGGGCGACCAGUGCGGGACGAUUGCGAAGAAGGCCGGGAUCUCGCUGGCCAACUUUAACAAGUGGAAUCCCGGCGUCGGCAGCUCGUGUGCGUCGUUGUGGUUGGGGUAUUAUGUUUGUAUCGGGGUGUAG